CGAAAAAUAAAAUUUUCUGGAUAGCAAAAUUACAAAAGACAAGGAAAAAAGGAAGAAAAAAACCCUCGACAUUUCCAUCAAGGCACCAGCCUCUCCCGAUUGUCUCGGUUCCUUGUACCUCCCGUAAGAAAUGAAGGCGUCUUUGAAAGGCAGAUACACGAAUGACAAGAGCACUGCCGCCGCUACUAUCGCCGUCGGCGCUGGGGAUGUCAAGCUACGCGCCUCCAUGACUGACGCCACUGUCGUCAAUGGUCCCAGCCUGAACGGUUUGACUUUAUCAGUUGAAAAACCCGGGUUCUUCAUCGUCGACUAUGACGUCCCCAGGAAGGAUUUUCGGUUUCAGUUUAUGAACACGGUUAGGGUUGUGGAGAAGCCGUUGAAGCUUACUUACAUUCACAGCAGAGGGGAUAACCGGACGGUGGUGGACGGGGCACUCGCGUUCGAUUCUGCUAACAAGUUGUCAGCUAAUUACAUGCUUGGUACGAGGAAUUGUAAGCUCAAGUACAGCUACGUGCACGGAGGGGUCACUACUUUCGAACCGUGUUAUGAUUUGGGGAAGAAUGCGUGGGAUUUUGGAAUUUCGAAGAGAGUAUACGACGAUGUUUUUAAGGCGACGUAUCAGACAUGGAGCAGGGACUUGGCUUUGGAGUGGUCGAGAAAUUCCAAGUUUAAUGGGACUUUUAAGAUUUCUGCAUCCAUCAACCUGGCUGAAGAAUCUAAGAUCCCCAAAAUUAUUGCUGAGAGUACUUGGGAUUUGGAAAUGUGAUUUAUUGUUCACCAAUCUUAUCCAUUUGCAUGUUUGAAUUAUAUACAUUUCGACAAACAGCUUAUUGCAAGCUGUCUAUUCAAUAGUGUUUCAAAACAUAGUUUUGCUCCUGAUUUACCAUCUAUAAUGGGCUGAUUACUUUGUUUCGAUGGCUGCAC